CCUUAAUUUCAAGCCUUUGAUUAUUCAACUUGAAGCAAAAACUUUAGAAGAAAUAUAUAGAGAGAGAAAAAAGAUGGGUAGAGCUCCUUGCUGUGAUAAGGCUAAUGUGAAGAAAGGUCCAUGGUCACCUCAAGAAGAUGAAAAGCUUAAAGAAUAUAUACAGAAAUAUAACACUGGAGGAAAUUGGAUUGCUUUACCUCAAAAAGCAGGUCUAAAAAGAUGUGGGAAAAGCUGCAGAUUAAGAUGGCUAAACUAUCUGAGACCCAAUCUCAAGCAUGGAGAUUUCUCUGAUGAUGAAGAUAGAAUAAUCUGUACCCUUUAUUCCAACAUUGGGAGCAGAUGGUCCAUUAUAGCAGCUCAGUUGCCAGGCAGGACUGACAAUGAUAUCAAGAACUAUUGGAACACCAAGCUCAAGAAGAAACUUAUGAACAUCAUCACAUUUAACCCUAAUUAUUAUUCUCAAAGACAAUUACCAAACACUUUCUCUUCUCUUCUCCAAGCUUCAUCACUGCCAUCAUCACCAUCACAGUCACCAUUUUCAAGUCUUUUGAGCAGUUACAGUAACUCAAAUGCUCCUACUUCUGCAUCAAAAAUGGUACAAAAUCAAGAAAGAUUCAUGGGUUCUUUGCAAAACUUGCACCCAGUGAAUGAUAGCUUGAGCUCUUCUGAUGGAAGUAGCUUAUAUUCCAAGGAAUCAUUAGAGAAUAAUAUUGAAGACAGUGAGAAAAAAAUUGGGCUAUGGACAGAUAAUGAAAUGGAUCAGUAUGGUCUAGAAGAGAUUAGGCAGCUAAUUAGCACUAGUAGUUGUAACAACUUUUUAUUUGAAGAAAACAAGAUUGAAGAGGAACAGGGCAUGUACUAUUGAUCAUUGAUGUUGACUGUGAAUAUUUGAAAGGGUAAAAAGGUAAAAAUGAAUGAAGUUGAAAUAAGUUGUUCAUGGAAAUUAGAGUAUUGAUACUUUAUUUUCUUAGAAGUUUUUUUUAUGAGGUUUUCUUAGAAGUUAUUGUGUUGUUUUAUAAUAUGAAAAGUAACUAUAAUUCUUGAAAUUAGUUCAUUUAUUUAUUAAUUAA